AUGCGUGAGGUGAUCGACCUCAUCUCUUCAGAUCCGCCUCUUCCUGAAGAUCCAAAGUCAUCGACACAUGUAUCGCCGAAGCCGCGACCGGCACCAGCUGGACUGGCAGCCAGUCUGGGGCUGAUCUCGUCUGAUUCGAUCUUUGAUGUCUCCGGUUUCUCCGACUUUGUGCCUGACCAGCCCGCAAAGAAACGCCGUUUGAGUGGCGAGCAGAAUUCGACCGUACGUCAGACAAAUGUGGCUAGAGCAGCACAGCUAGUCGAUGCACAUAUUUUUUCCUUCUCCGACGACGACCAGAUUCUGCCACCUUCAAAGCAAGAAGUUCAGACACUCCAUCCUGAGCGUGAGGUUGACGACUUCGACCCGAUCAUCUUUACAUCAUCUGCGCCCGAGCCUUCCCGGAGACCCGUUACAAAAGUUACGGAUUCAACCAGCAACAGACCCGAUCCAAUCACGCUUGAUGAUGACAGCGACGACGAGAGCUCACGGCCGCCAACAAAGAGUGGAGGUUCCCGUACUGUUCGGGAUGAGAUACGAGACUUCAGCGACCCGUUCGUCUUUGCUGGCGCUGAUGACCCGUUCAGCGUCUCCUCAGAUGAAGAUUCUGCUCCAACGUCCCAGUUUUCCAGCAGAACCGCUGCACUGUUGUCCGCCAUCGAGACCGAGCCAACCGCCAGUGGGAAUGGAUCCGGGAAAGGAAUAUCUGCACCGGCUGCUCGAAAGUCCUACAUCGCUAUCCGAGGGAAUCGAGUCGCUGGCGGUUUAUCUGACGACCUUGAUGAACCGGAGCCGCCUCGGCCGUUGCUGAAGAAAUCUGGCAAACUCAGCGCGGAAGAAAAAGAAGCCAGAGCAAAGGCGCGUGCUGAAGCGAAAGCCCAGAAAGACUUUGAGCGGAAACUUGAGAAAGAACGAAAGCAGAAGUUGAAAGAGGAAAAGGCGAGGGAAAAGCAGCUGGCAGCUGACCUUGCAGAUGUGAAUAAACUCAAAACGGACAAAAAGAAUUCCACUGCAGAGAUGAUUCUUGAUAUGUCAAUUUCUCUCAAGGAUACGAGCGUUGGCAAUCAAUCUGUCGAAUACAUGAAACGGCUGAAUGUCGAGCAUCAUUUCUUUACCGGUCCGAUUCGCAACGUGGUCAAGUGGCGUCGCAAGAUGAAUGCCAAGUACAAUGACGAAGUCGGCCAUUGGGAGCCGGCACCAUUCCAUAUUGCCGAAGAGAAGCAACUGCUUUGUUUAGUACCUGCACAGGAAUUUGUGGAUAUGCUUGUCGACUCUGCCGCAGAGGCAGAAACAGAAUCCCUGGAAGAGCAUGUUUUAAAGUUGAAGAGUGCAUAUCCAGGAUUUACGAUUAUCUAUCUCAUUGAGGGACUCACUUCUCUGAUGAGGAAACACGGAAAUGCUCGUAAUAGGGCUUAUGUAGCUGAAGUGCUACGCCAGACCGUGCCGGAGACAACUGUCCCCGAGGAGACCACAACCUCCCGGCGAGGGAGGAAACCCAAGCGCAAACCCGAAGAUACGCCCCCCGUUGAUCCGGAUUUGGUUGAGGAUGGUCUUCUCGAGUUGCAAGUCGCGCACUCUUGUCUCAUUCACCAUACUGCGGCCCCGCCAGAGUCUGCUGAGUGGAUCAAAUUGUUCACAGAGCACAUAUCUACCAAUCUAUAUCGAUGGGAACGAUCAAAUGCCCAUGAUGCAUCAUUUUGCAUGGAAACCGGACAGGUCAAGACCGGCGACGGCAAACAGGACACUUUUGUGAAGAUGCUCCAAGAAGUCAAUCGAGUGACUGCCUCCAUGGCGUAUGGGAUUGCAGCACAAUAUUCUUGUGUAACUGAUUUGGUCCAGGCAAUGCAGAUGCGUGGACCGGGAAUGCUGGAAGACGUCAAGAAAUCUGCAAAUAGAAAUGGCGCUUUGUCCGAUGCUCGUAUUGGGCCAGCUGCGAGCAGACGGUUGUAUAAAGUGUUUACUGGACUUGACCCUUCGUCCACCGAUAUUUAG